AUGGGCGGAUUGGCAGGCGGAGCUUGGCUUGGCAUUGGGCUCGGCUGCGGCUUUGUCCUAGGAGUCACAGCCUAUGUGUUCGUCACAUGCUUGAUUCGCAGGCGGAAGAAUGUCGCACCUCAACCACAAGCUAGGCUUGCUGCUCAGCGCGCCAGUGUUGGUGGUUUCACCAGCCUUGCUCAUGUCCGCGACACACCAUCAGCCAACAACCUCACGGCCGCAAUGCUCCCCGCCAAGCCACCUCACGGCGAGGAGGUGUUUUACUCGCCCUUGCAGAACAGCAUGGCCAAGCCCAGCAACGUGCGAAAUAGCGCCACAACCGGCGUCCUUCCUGACCCUGCGAUCUAUGGCGGCCAUGGCUCCGCUCUUAUGCAGGUCAUUGCCCCAGCAUCGUCCAUGCAGCCUGCAACUCUUGCCAUGCCACCUGCAACCCCUGUCGAUAAAGCUACAACCCAGGCUGUACCCUUCCAGUCCACACGCGACACAGCCGACCAAGGACUGCUGCAACCCAAACAGCAACACCAGCGCAUGUACUCCGUUGCCGACGCGUAUGGUGCUGAAGAUCUGGAUGACGAAUGGGCUGUCGUCCUCGGUGAUCUCGACGGUCUCCUGGCCAAGAAGGGUCAGCCAGGUCUGGCCUCCCCAGAGCGGGCGGUGGCCGUACGGCGGCUUAUUGCUGUAACGGGUAGCCAGGGCAUGCAGUUUGCGCUGGAGGCUGCGCUACAGGACGUCAUGCGGUACCGUUCCCGCAAGUAG